CAACCGCUAACCAAAACUCUCAUCCAAUGGCAGCCCUAAGCCUCCUCCUCACCGUCCUCCUCACCGCCAUCUCGCCCGCAGCGCUCGCCAUCCCGGCCAACUCCACCGACUUCAUCCGCCGCAGCUGCACCGCAACCCUCUACCCCAAGCUCUGCUACACCUCCCUCAAACCCUACGCAAAAACCGUCAAGCAGAGCCCUUUAUCACUCGCCAUCAUCGCCGCCAACGUCAGUCUCGCCAAAAUAAAGGAAUCAGUUUUGAAAGCCGAGGCUUUGCGGCACCACAGAAAGAGGCGUGCCGGCGCUGCACUGCGCGAUUGUGUUGAUGUGCUGCGUACAGCCGAGGAUCUCACAAAGCAAGCCAUGGCGGAGAUCCGGAAGCUUGGGAAGCCGGCUGCGCAGGCUGGUCGUCGGUCGAGCUUUAUUUCAGAGGUAUCUAAUGCUCAGACGUGGAUGAGCUCUGUUAUCACUAAUGAAGACACGUGCAUCGACGGAUUUGGAGACAUCGGCUGCGGGGGCGGCGGCGGCGCUGAGGUGUUGAAGGGCUUUAUUCGAAAAGUAAGGAGGGUGGAAAGGUAUAGCAGUAAUGCUCUUGCGCUGCUGAAUGCUCUUGUAGAAGGUUGAUUCUUCUACGGGAAGAUCUGCUGUUUAAUCCGAAGUUAGUUGAAUAAGUUUAUUCGCUCUUAUUAAUCGAAGUUAGUCAAAAAAUACGAACAAUAUAGUAUUUAAUGUAUGUGCUAUUGCUAAUCUAAUUUAUGAUAAAAGAUCUGAACUUUUUUGCAAGUUUGAUCUUCUUAGGUGAUGGAGAAGGUUCAGUCUGUGAACUAUAAGAAUUUUAUAUAUGGCAUUGCUGUGUUUUGUCUUUUAUCUAUUUUUUUUGGCGUAUUGGGGGUUUAUAAUAAAAGAUG